AUGUCGACCAAGGUGGAUGCCCUCAGCAAUUCAAACAGCCUUCCCGAGGGCCUGCGCCUGCUGAAAGAUGAAGAGAUUAAAGGUGGCGUCAUUGCUGAGAAGCCAUCUGGUGAGCUUUUUACCUUCGAUAAGACUGGCGCCGAGGAUGUGCGCAAGGCCAUCGCGAAGAAACACAAGCAGCUCAAGGCCGACGAGAUCAUCGCCCAACGAUCUGCCAUUCCCGCAAUCGACUCUCGCAAGCGUAGUAACGCAAACGUCACCGAUGGGGUUAUCGAGCCCAAGACCAAGAAGCCGAAGAAGGAUUGGGUCUCCAAUAAGGAAAUGCUGCGCCUGAAGCAGGUAGCCAGGGACGCCAAUAUUAGCAAGAAGGGCAACAGUGAACUCUACGACCCCUGGGCGGACGAUGCCAACGAAACCGCCGUGAUUGAAGACCCUCAAUUCAACUUCUUGCCGAAGCCUAAGCCUAAGGUCGCCCCGGAGACCUUGAAGCACGCUCCUAUCUCGCUUGCUGCCAACGGAAAAACCAUCCCGUCGGUGCGCACACCCCAUGCGGGAACCAGUUAUAACCCCGUGUUCGAGGAAUGGGAUCAACUACUUCAGACACAUGGACAGGAGGCAGUUGAGGCGGAGAAGAAGCGGCUGGAAGAAGUGAAGAAGGAAGAAGAGAGGCAACGCCUUAUCGCCGAGGCUGAGGAUGACGAUGGUGAAAUCAAGUCUGAUGACGAGAGCGCUUGGGAGGGCUUCGAGAGUGAAUACGAGAAACCCGAGUGGCUUAACAAGAAACGUCCCGAACGAAAGACCAAGUCUCAACGCAACAAGAUCAAGCGGAGAAAGGAAGCCGAAAGACAGGCUAAGUGGGAGGCUCAGCAGGCCAAGAAGAACUCCCAGAUGGGGCGAGUGGAGGAGCUCACGGAACUGGCCAAGCAGCGCGAGCUGUAUGGUGCGCAAGAAUCGGAUGCCGAUGACGACGAGGAGGGUGAUGAAACCAAGCUCCGACGGAAGCCUUUUGGAGGCAAAAAUGCUGCCCCUGAGAAGCCGCUGGAACUUGUUCUUCCCGAUGAGCUACAGGAUUCUCUUCGACUGCUCAAGCCCGAGGGUAACCUUCUGGAUGACCGCUUCCGUACUUUGAUCGUGCAGGGCAAGCUCGAGUCCCGAAAGCCCGUGACACAAGCUCGCAAGGCGAAGAGAAAGGUGACCGAGAAGUGGAUGGCCAAGGACUUCAAGACUGGCUACGAGACCUUCAGCAUUCAAAGUGCUAUCGUAGCCCUGGGAUCCACCUUUUCUGCCGACAAAAAAAAGGUGAGUGCCAUCCUCAUCCUUCCCAGUACGCUCGUUCUACGCAUUGUCCUGGUUCCUCAAGGACAUUUGCAUCCGGUAAUGGACAAAAAAGGCCUUUCCAGCAACUGGAAAAAGUUACAGGCGACACUCAAGACAGGAAGUGACUCGACCUCUACCUCGGCUUCGAAACCAACCUCGAAACGCAAGGCUGCGGACCGCGAUUCCGGACACGAGAAAGUCAAGAAAACGAAGACCACACAAAAGGACCAGUCGAAGUCCCGAAACACAAAACCAGCACCCAGACGGAAGGGAAUGGCCGACGGAUUGGCAGACGGAACGGAGGCCGAUCCAGCCUCAAAUACUCUGCGGCUGAAGUCUAGCGCCGGUGUUUCGGCGCAGACUACGACCGAGACAGCCAAAGCAAAGGAAAACGAGGGUCUCUCGAAGAGUGCCGAGGUUGGCAAAUACAUCGCCAUGGAUUGUGAGAUGGUUGGCGUCGGCCCGAAUCCCGAUAACGACUCCGUGCUCGCUCGAGUUAGUAUUGUCAACUUCAACGGUGAACAAGUCUAUGACUCCUACGUCCGCCCCAAAGAAAUGGUCACGGAUUGGCGUACGCACGUCAGCGGCAUCGCACCCAAACACAUGGUCGAAGCACGAAGCCUCGAAGACGUCCAGAAAGAAGUAUCCAAGAUCAUGGAUGGACGGAUAUUGGUCGGUCAUGCUGUGAGCAAUGAUCUGGAUGCUCUUAUGAUCGGACACCCGAAGCGCGAUAUUCGCGAUACAAGCAAACACCCUGAAUACCGGAAGAUUGCUGGUGGAUGGUCCCCGCGCCUCAAGGUGCUUGCGGAGUAUUUCUUGGGUCUGAAGAUCCAGGAUGGAGCGCACUCUAGUGUUGAGGAUGCUCGUGCGACUAUGGCUUUGUAUCGUCGUGACAAGGACGGGUUUGAGCGAGAACAUGCGAAGAAGUGGCCUGUUCGGAACAUUGUCGAGAACAAGGACAAGGGAAAUGGAUCGAAGAACAAGAAGAAGAAGAAUAAGAAGCGUUGA